GUACGUCGCAGGCCGAGAAGGGUCCGAGCCACUACGCUUGCACGCGGUGCGGCCGCAGCUACAGGUGGGCCCAGAGCCUGCACCGACACGUGACCAAAGAGUGCCUCCAGGACAAAAUGAUUAAAUGCCCCUACUGCCCACACAAAACUACUCUAAAGACGGAAUCCUGUCGCAGCCACUCCAGUAUCCACUGCCGCCUGGCCUGAUUGUGGAGCCCAGGCCGUUUUUCCAGGAUGCAGUGAAGCCCACGGAGCAGGAACGCAAUGCCGAGGUGGAUGACGAGACGGCGAGGUCGGCCGGCACUGCGGAGGGCAUUCCCUUUGGGAACGACGCGGAGGACGUGGACUUUGUGGACAUCGCGGACAGCCCCGUCAUGGGCAUCAUCGGGGACUUGGAAAGCAGGGAGGAGUCCAACACGUGUGAGACUUGCGGCAAGGUGUAUCAGCACCGUCGCCACCUGCAACGCCACGUCAAGUACGAGUGUAGCGGCCGCCGCGCCCAGUUCCAGUGCCCCAUCUGCUUCAAGACGUACAAGCGGCCUGAGCACCUGAAGCGCCACGGCCUCUUGAUCCAUCGUGUAACCAUCAACACGCCGCGCAAGAAGUCUUCGUAAUUUGUAAAUGGCCGGCGAAGGGCACGCAUUGGACGCUUCCACCUAUUAUUAAGAAUAAUAAAAAUCUAAUAUAAUUUGUGUAAA